UCAUUCUGUGAUAUCCUUUUAAUUUUUUCCUAUUGUUCUUAUCCCAAAAUCUAACCGAUGGUACAUAAGAAAGCGAAGAAACCCAAAUGCAGAAUUUGUGGAAAAGGAUGCGGGUGUUAUGUACCAUACAAAGACUGUUUUUUCCCCAGGAAAGAGCCCAGGUAUAUCAAGUACAUGGUUUCGCACACCAAAUGGAAUGAAGAUUUGAAAAAUUAUAACUUCCACUUGAAGAGGGUCUUUGAUGCAAAAUGCUACAUCGAUGCCACACCACCAAACAUGAACCUGACCUAUUACCUGCAGAUUCACAGACUCAACAAAGACACAGAACGAUGCUCUGAAAUCGAUAGAGACAACAAAAAACUGCUGCAGAAAAUAAUCGAAAUAAACAGAAAAGGGGGUGACACAGACAACAUCAAUACAAAUGCCUUCAUGAACGUAUCUCAGUGGAGGAAAAACCAGCUCAAGAUGAUCAAAAUAGACGAAGAGAAUAAACGAGUUCAUGGAAAUUUAUGCGACGCUAAACCUUACUAUCCAAAAAAGGAGCAGUCUUUGGAGUGGAAACGUUUCCUCAAGAAGAUGAAGCUAUCGGCAAAAUUUCCUAUCGGAAUAUUCCAGAAAACCAGUCUGGAUGAUGUCCUCUGCUCCCAACCCACCAUUUCUGGAAAUCUGGAAAAGACCUCUGAACGUCCAGAGUGUUUCCUGGAAUUCAAAGUGGACGGUGGGGAAUACUUGGGGAAGAUACUCGUUGAACUGUACAGGGAUCACGUGCCGGUUACUGUUCAGAAUUUCAUGGAACUCCUCAGCGGUAGGUUCGAGCUGGGCUACAAAGGAUGUCCUGUACACAGGAUAGUCAAGGAUAGGUAUUUGGAAACCGGGGACAUCACUAAGGGAAACGGUACUGGUGGAUUUUCCAUAUAUGGAGAGUCUUUUGACGAGGAGAAUCAUAGUCUUAAGCAUACGAAAGCAGGGGUUUUAUCCAUGGUAAGGUUGGGUACGAGCGAAAAGAACAACUCGAGAUUCUGUAUCACUUUUAUGAACAUGCAAGAGUGGGACAGGAAGAACGUAGUUUUUGGGAAGGUCAUACAUGGAGCCAACGUUUUGACCAAACUCAGUUCUUAUGGCAGAAGGAUUGGCAAGCCUCUGGAGCGUAUUUAUAUAUCUAGAUGUGGAUUGCUACCAAACUGCAACUGCUUGGAGGAGCAUAUGAUAAAAUGUGCCUGAUAUAUUUUUAGGGUAGACAGUGAAGAAUUUUCAUAGGUUAACGACAGUUAUAAUUUUGUUUGCUAUAUGUGUAUUUAUCAAAAAAUAAAGUCCGUGCAAGAAUUC